CCGGAACAUAUUUGUGGUUGUACCAGUCAGAGACUUUUGAAACUGUUUUGUUCCAGUGAAGUCAGAUGUGUCAUGCCGGACCUUGCGGGCGACUGCGGUGCCUACAUGGUAUCCCUGGGUGCGUUUGAAUGAGGGUGCAGGUGUGCAACAACAACAACACCACCACCACCACCACAGUCCCACGAUGCUGCUAGCAGUAGCCCUCCGGUCCCCCUGUCUGCAGCGCGUGCGUCGCCCGGGAGGCAGAGCCUGGCUGCAAUGCGCCCAGCCAGCCGGCCCACGCAGGGCGGACCUCUCCGCCAGCGCCCGCCGUCGAGCAGCGGGGGGCGGCGUGGCGCCCGUGUUCACCCGGGCCCCGGGGUUCGGGGAGCGGCUGGCGAUCGUGGACUCGGGCGGGAGGCACAGCUACGGGGAGCUGUACGGCAGCAGCCGGGGCCUGGCGCGCCGCAUGCGUGCGGCCUGCGGGCGGGACCUGCGCGGCCAGCGCGUCGCCUUCCUGUGCGGGAACGACGCCGCGUACGUGGCGGCGCAGUGGGCGGCCUGGAUGUGCGGCGGCGUGGCCGUGCCCCUCUUCCGGAAGCACCCGCCCGCCGAGCUGGAGUACAUCGUCAGCGACUCCCGCAGCGCCCUGCUGGUGGCCGGGCACGCGUACGCGGACGCCCUGGAGCCGCUCGCCCGGGGGCUGGGGCUGCCCUGGCUCCGGCUGCCCCCCGCCUCCGCCCUGGCCUCCCUGAGCACGGCGGGGGGCGAGCCCUCCGUCUCUGACGAGCCCUCCGUCUCCGAGUGGGCCGACCGGCCGGCCAUGAUCAUCUACACCAGCGGGACCACCGGCCGGCCCAAGGGAGUCCUCAGCACUCACGCCAACCUGCAGGCCAUGAUUGAGUGUCUGGUGUCGGAGUGGGGCUGGUCCGAGGACGACGUGAUCCUCCACACCCUGCCACUCCACCACGUCCACGGCAUCGUCAACAAGCUGAUGUGUCCUCUCUGGGUGGGCGCCACCUGCCUGAUGCUGCCGGAGUUUCACCCGCAGAAGGUGUGGGAGUACCUGCUUGGCUCCCAGGCUCCGCGGGUGAACGUGUUCAUGGCCGUCCCCACCGUCUACUCCAAACUGAUCCAGCACUACGAGCAACACUUCACCCAGCCGGCCACGCGGGACUCCGUCAGAGCCGUCUGCUCAGAGAACAUCAGGCUGAUGGUGUCGGGCUCCUCCGCUCUGCCCCAGCCCACUCUGGAGCGCUGGCGUGAGAUCACGGGGCACACCCUGCUGGAGCGCUACGGCAUGACGGAGAUUGGCAUGGCGCUGUCCAACCCGCUGAAGGGCCCGCGCGUGCCAGGUGCAGUGGGCAAACCUCUUCCUGGGGUGGAGGUGCGCAUCGUUACCAGCACCACCUGCUCCGUCAUCGCCGAGGGCAACAGCAGGGAGACUCAGGUGCAAGCGGGCAUGGAGGGGAUGGAGGGUGAGCUGCUGGUUCGCGGGCCCUCAGUCUUUAAGGAGUACUGGAACAGACCGCAGGAGACCCGGGACUCUUUCACUGCGGACGGCUGGUUCAAAACAGGGGACACAGCGGCCUAUUCAGACGGGGUUUACUGGAUCAAGGGCCGCACGUCCGUGGACAUCAUCAAGUGCGGCGGCUACAAGAUCAGCGCCCUGGAGGUGGAGAGACACCUGCUGGCACACCCGUUCAUCGCAGACGUGGCUGUGAUUGGUGUGCGGGAUGCGAUCUGGGGGCAGAAGGUGACGGCGGUGGCUCAGCUGAAGCCGGGGAAGAGCCUGACCCUGCAGGAGCUGAAGACCUGGGGCAGGGAGAACAUGGCGUCCUACUGCAUCCCCACUGGACGUCUGGUGGAGGAGAUGCCCCGGAACCAGAUGGGAAAGGUCAACAAGAAGGACCUGCUGAAGCUCUUCUUCUCCACCUGAGGAAGCCACUGCUCUGGGGGUAGAGCAGACUGUGGGUCUACUGAUCUGGGGGUAAAGCAGACUGUGGGGUCUACUGAUCUGGGGGUAAAGCAGACUGUGGGGUCUACUGAUCUGGGGUUAGAGCAGACUGUGGGGUCUACUGAUCUGGGGUAAAGCAGACUGUGGGGUCUACUGAUCUGGGGGUAAAGCAGACUGUGGGGUCUACUGAUCUGGGGUUAGAGCAGACUGUGGGGUCUACUGAUCUGGGGGUAAAGCAGACUGUGGGUCUACUGCUCUGGGGUGAGAGCAGACUGUGGGGCCUACUGCUCUGGGGUUAGAGCAGACUGUGGGUCUACUGAUCUGGGGGUAAAUCAGACUGUGGGGUCUACUGCUCUGGGGUUAGAGCAGACUGUGGGGUCUACUGAUCUGGGGUUAGAGCAGACUGUGGGGUCUACUGAUCUGGGGGUAAAGCAGACUGUGGGUCUACUGCUCUGGGGUGAGAGCAGACUGUGGGGCCUACUGCUCUGGGUUAGAGCAGACUGUGGGUCUACUGAUCUGGGGGUAAAUCAGACUGUGGGGUCUACUGCUCUGGGGUUAGAGCAGACUGUGGGGUCUACUGAUCUGGGGUAAAGCAGACUGUGGGGUCUACUGCUCUGGGGUUAGAGCAGACUGUGGUCUACUGCUCUGGAGUUAGCCUCCGCUAGAGCAGCGCUAGUCCCGUAGCAUCAGGUGGGGCUGGCUACCACAAGCAAACGGCUGGAUCCAUUUGGGGUGAAAGCUGCUGAAGUCACUGCUUCGGAGGUGGACUGCCUGGGGAGUGGGCCCCCUCACAGACAGACAGAGGGACAGACAGAGGGACAGAACGGCACACAUCACAGGGGGAGUGUUUUGCCCCCCCCCCACCCCCCUCCAGCUG